UUUUAACUACCAUUUGUUGCUUUUUAUAUCUCAUCUCUCAUUUCCUCUUCUUAUUCAACUUCGAGACUCUAUAGUGUAAACUUCUUUAGUAGAAAAAACUACCUUUUCCCAUGACACACCAACCAAAUUUUCACAACCUACGUUGAUAUCUAUGUUUUCAAUAAAAACAAUAACAUAGGAUAUAGUUUUACCAACACAAAAUGGGUUGUUGUGCUAGUAGUAACAGAUCUUCAUCACACAAUGAUUUUCAACCAUCAAGAUCUAGCAUUUCACAAGUGAAAGGUUCUGAAAACAGAGCACCACCUUGUGUUCCUGUUGAAGAAGAAACAGUUAAGGAAGUGUUGUCAGAAACACCCAAGUGGAAGAAACCAAAUGAAAGGUUCAGAUAUGAAGUUGAAAAACCAAAGUGUUUUGAGAAAUUUGAUAGAGAGAAUAAGGUUGAAAAACCGUUCUAUAAAGUUGAUGAGAUCUCUGAAGUUUCUGAGGUUUGUAGCUUGAGUGAAAGUGUUUCUACAAUCACUUUCACUGAUAAGAGAGAAGAGGAAGAAGAAUCUUGCAAAAGGGUCAAUGGAUCUCCCGCGAAAAUGCGCAAAAAUGGUUCCUUUUCCGGUGAGAGAAGAGAGUCUCCGGCGAGGAAGUCGCCGGCGAGAAGGUUGGAGCAGUCUCCGGCGAAGAGGAAUAUUGGGUCGUCGAGGAUUGUUCAGAGGAGAGAUCAAAUGGGAAAUGGGGGAAUUAAGAAUCAGCCUCACCGGAGAGACGCCGGCGAAGUUUCCGGCCGGCGAUCUAGGUCGCCGGCUACUCGUACCGACAAUGGUUCAACGAGAUCUGUCGUGGGUCGGAGCUUAUCUGCAAGAAAAACAAACCAAUCGCCGGGAAAGGGAAGAACUGCCGUGCCGGAAAACGGUGGCCGGAAAAUGGAGAGUAAAUGGCCAUCUACAGCUAAUGAUGAAUCACUGGAAAAUCCACUUGUGUCAUUGGAAUGCUUCAUCUUUCUUUAGUUCGUUAAUUCGCUACUAAACAUCAAACUCACACACAGGAUUGCGAGGCUUCUGAUUCGAGUCAGAUGAUCAAGGUGUACGACUUAACAAUUUCGACAUUUUCACUUGAGUUAGACAUUACAUAAUGAUAGUAGCUGGUUAAUACUAUUAUGAAUUAGUUACAAUUCAUAAAUUAUUAUGUACUUUGUUUAGUUAAUUAAUUAAUAGUGAUAUAUGAAAGUCAAAAGUCAAUAUUAGUGACUAAGUUAUAGGAGGUAGAGAGAGAGUGGCUGGUUUGUUACAAUUUCUAAACAUAACCAUUUGGAUAGUAGAAAACGUAAAUGCAAAGUGGUGAAAAUUGAUGUUUGCAGUGCAGAUAUCUUUUUCUUCUGUGCCAGUGGAUUUCUUCCACUGCACUGAUUUGGCUUGUUAGGAAAGAUUGCGUCUCUGCCAUUUAUGAUUCAGUCUGAACCAAAUUAUUUACAUAAGGUACUGUGACAGUGAAAGAUUCAAUUCAACUGAUAUGAGAAUAUGAGAUGAUGAUAAUAAAGACAAAUUGUAUAA